AUGAAGAACGAGGAACAACUCAUUGCUUCUUGCAUUCUUACCCUACCAUCGUCACCCACCCUCACGCAUUUAUUACCAAACCCCCAUCUACAUAUUCCGCAUAGCACAAUGUACAUCAUCACGUUCAACGAGUCGGUUGUCCUCCUACCUCUUGAGGCCGGGAUUCUACCUUUCCCGCUGAAACGCGACGUCAUCGAAACGCUCUCUCGGUGUGGAAGGCCAGAGUACGUGUCUGAAGAUGAGGGUGAACUAGCCACUCCUCUCGUUAGUAAGUCCGUGCGAAGGUUUUCCGACAGCCUCAGCGGAGUAUUUCGUCGUCGUGAUGAUCGCCAGCGCGGAGUCAAGGUUGUCCUCUCUUCCAAGGUCAACGACGCGGACGAUGUCGACAGCGACAACGCGAUAAUGUUGUUCACUAGCGCUGACAACUGGCGUCCCGGCUUGCUACCUCUCGAGCAGGCUGCGCGUCGUGCGGAUAUCGUAAGGAGACCCGAGGCAUUCGAGCGCGUCUGA